AUGUUCUUGUUCGCAGAUCACACCAUCCAGUCUGUUUUCUGCUGCUGCUGCUGCUGCACAGUGCAAAAAAGAGCAACAAGAACAAAAAUGAACCUGGACCCUGAUGCUGACCUAGUGACCCAGUACUCGGCCUCACAACCAGAUGUUUCCUAUGCAUCUACCUGGAAGUGCAGGCAUAAGAAGCAAUUGCACUUAAAGAACAAGCCAUUGCCUCCUCUACCUGCUGAGGCCUUGGAAGACCACACAAAACACCCCAGAGUUACUGCACUCUAUGACUUUUUUGCUAGAGGACCCUUGGAUUUACCGCUCAAGAAGUCAGAAGAAUACAUUAUCCUCGAACAGUAUGAUCCCCACUGGUGGAAGGCAAGAGACCAACAUGGGAAUGAAGGUCUAAUUCCAAGCAACUAUGUUACUGAGAACAAGAAAAGUGAUUUAGAAACAUAUGAGUGGUACUGUAAAAACAUAAACAGAAGCCAGGCAGAACUUCUUUUGCGCCAGAAGUCCAAAGAAGGUGCAUUUGUUGUCAGAGAUUCAAGCCAACAGGGACUUCUUACUCUGUCCAUGUAUUCACGGGCUAAAGGAAGUCAUAGUGGAGAUAUUCGACAUUAUCAAAUUAAGAAAAACCACUUGGGACAAUAUUAUGUAGCAGAAAAAUAUCUCUUUCCAUCUGUUCCUGAACUUAUUGAAUAUCAUCAACACAAUGCUGCAGGUCUUGUCACUCGUCUCCGACAUCCAGUUGGAUUAACUGGAAGUUCUUCACCAGCAACAGCAGAACUGAGUUAUGAGGAGUGGGAAUUAAACCCAUCUGAACUGAUGUUCAUGAAAGAACUCGGGCGUGGGCAGUUUGGAGUCGUUCAGCUUGGUAAAUGGAAAGCAACCGUCAAGGUUGCCAUCAAAACAAUCAAUGAAGGGGCAAUGUCUGAAGAUGAUUUCAUUGAGGAGGCCAAAGUGAUGAUGAAACUCUCCCACCCGAAGCUGGUCCAGCUUUAUGGAGUGUGCACACAUCAGAAGCCUCUCUAUGUUGUGACUGAAUUCAUGGAAAAUGGCUGCUUGCUCAAUUACCUUCAGCGAAGGCGAGGGAAACUCAGCAGAGAUGUGUUGCUGAGCAUGUGCCAGGAUGUGUGCGAAGGGAUGGAAUACCUGGAAAGAAAUAGCUUUAUUCACCGUGAUUUAGCUGCAAGAAACUGUUUAGUCAACGCAGAGCACAUUGUUAAAGUUUCCGACUUUGGCAUGGCAAGGUAUGUCAUUGAUGAUGAGUAUAUCAGCUCUUCGGGUGCCAAGUUUCCAGUCAAAUGGUCAUCUCCUGAAGUCUUUCAUUUCAAAAAAUAUAGCAGCAAAUCAGACAUCUGGUCAUUUGGUGUACUGAUGUGGGAAGUUUUCACAGAAGGCAAAAUGCCUUUUGAAAGUAAGUCAAAUUCUGAAGUUGUACGUGAGAUUUCUCAGGGUAACCGACUUUAUCGACCACAUUUGGCAUCACAUGCUGUGUACAAAGUCAUGUACAGCUGCUGGCAUGAGAAACCUGAAGGACGUCCUACUUUUGCAGAGUUAAUAGAGACCCUCACAGAUAUAACAGAGAUGGGAUAAUCAGAGAUUUUACCAAAAGGUUAGCAUUAAGCAUGUCAAUCAUGUAGUUGGUACAGAAAACCUCGGCCUUUUACAGCAGUCUCUACUUAAAUCACAGUACCAGCAUCCUGCAUACUGAAGCAGCUGUUCGGGCUUGGCCUAAUUUUUGCUCAUUUGAGAAAGAAACCUCAGGAGACUUGUUCAGGACUCUCAAGGCUUUGUUUUCAUGAUUAGGAAGAAAAAUCUCCUGUCUGGAAAGAAGUAACCAAGUUUUCUCAGCUUAUAGGCCUUCUUAUUUAUUCUUUUGGUCAGAACGACACUAAUUCAUGUAACGAUAUUAAACUAUUUGGUACUUAAUAUGACUCAAGCACUGGGGAAUACUUGGCAGCAGCAAAAAUGGUAGAAGAGCCUCUGAUAAAGAUCUAGCUAGAUCAUGUUUAAAGACAAGUCCUUUUGCACUGCAAAGCAUCCAACAUUGAGAAACGGAGCAGUGUUUCAGAAGGGAUGGCAAGCUAACUCAUCAAGUGCCGGAGCGGCAUGGUGCCCACGUGUGUGCCCAUUCCCACGGCUGUGGGUAAAGGCAGGCGAGGGGAGCAAAGGGAGCAGUCAUCAUUUAGCAGCUCCCAAGUCACAUCUGAGCAGCUGGAAAGACUGAGCAUACCUGAAGCACUUCAAACCUGCACUGCAAGUCAAGGCGUCUCCUCUGCCAAUUCUGUAUGAAAGGAGAGUAAAGAUUAUUUUAUCCAAACCUCUCCUAUGAUUUUCCAGUAUUGUCUUCCAUUCCUCACCUGCUGCUUGCAAGUGCCUACAAUGGUUUAUGGGCAAGUUAAAGCUGAAACCUGACAGUAAAACAAAGUGCUUUGAGUUACUCUAGUUCAUAUGGAUCCUGCGAUACCUCACAUGGACAAUGUCUGUAACCUUACUUCUUAUGUUAUUUUUUACUUUUGUUUUUAAAUUUUAACUGUCAUUCAUACAAAUAUAGAGAAGAAACGGCAGAUGAAGUUCAUAAUUGUUUAAUAUAAAAUAGACUACUACAAAUAAGUUCUUUAAAACAUGUGAA